GAAUUAGCUCAAGCAAGUGCCAGACUGACAGAUCUUGGGAAAUAUUUACCGAUGUCUCUGCAUUAUCUAUUAUUCUAAGAGCAAACUAUCUUGGGCUGAUCAUUCAAUUAUUGAUAAUACCUUUGUCAUGCUUUCUGUACACUAAAAACAUUUCAUUCCCAUAAGUCUUCGGCUUCCCCACAAGAUGUUUGGAGAGGUGUUCUCGUUCGUUUCAUCUUUUGGGGGUAUUGGAUCGGUAUAUUAAACAAAAUUUGAGGCUAGAAACUCAUGAUAUGAUUUCUGCUUAAUUUUUAGUAUUCAAUUUUAGAUUCAUCAUCUAAUCCAUCUCUACACAGAUCCACCUAUCCAUCCCCAGCUACACAAACAUACACACACACAAUGGCUCAAGUACCGAGUUCCUCUCAUCCCCAAGUCCCUCCCUUCGAACGGACAAAUAUGUCCCAACAAUCCUUCGUCACAGCACCCGAUAUCUCAGAGUCUAUGCAAGAUAUCUCAACACCCCAAAACUCAUCUCUCAAUCCCAACUUCACAGCCCAGGACCCCACAACAUCAGAAGAAUCCAACCCCCUCUUUCUCGCUCCUCCUCCCCAUCUUUCCUUCCGUCCACAAUCCUCCCGCUUUUCCGAAGACUUCUCCUCUUCCGAAUCCACCCACCACACUUCCCACCACAAUCUCCGCUCCAUGCUCUCAACCUUCAUUAAUCCCCACUCCAACCCGAACAAUCCAGACGACACGGAAUGGCAAGAAGAUAAAAGCGACACCACAGCAUUAACUCCCCAACCCAUCCAUUACCGCUCCAUGACCUGGCUCCACUGCUCCCUCAUCAUGAUCGCCGAAACCAUUUCCCUCGGAAUCCUCGCUCUCCCCUCGGUCCUGGGAACCGUCGGUCUGAUCCCCGGUCUCAUCCUCAUUCUCGGCAUGGGUGCUCUAGCCUGGUAUUCCGGACUCCUAAUCCAUCGAUUCCGCACCGCAUACCCAGCGAUUAUUUCCUGGGCCGAUGCAUGUUCGAUUCUUCUCGCUCCGCUCGGAAUGCCAAAUGUAGGAAGAGAAAUUGCGGGGGCGGCUCAAGUGUUGUUUCUGUUGUUUCUCAUGGCGAGCCAUAUCCUCACGUGGAUUAUUUGUUUGGAUACGUUAACUGGGGGGAGCGUGUGCAAUAUAGUCUGGGGAGUGGUGGGAAUGUGUGUUUUUUGGAUACUGGAUGUGCCGAGGACGUAUAGGGGGAUGAGUUGGUUGAGUAUUGUUUCAUUCGCAAGUAUCGCAACCGCAGUCAUCAUCACCAUGAUAUCCGUCGGCGUGCGAGCCCCCGCGGAAAAAACAUACUCCUUAUGGCCCCAAAAAGAUCUGACUCUUCGCGAAGCCUUUUUGAGCACCACUAAUGUAGUUUUUGCCUAUGCCGGCCACAUCGCCUUCUUCACCUUCAUCUCCGAGCUGCGCGCCCCGGCCGACUUCCCCAAAUCCCUCGCCACCCUCCAAAUCAUCGAAAUCUUCCUCUACCUCCUCUCCUCCAUCCUCAUCUACAUCUACACGGGGUCAUCCAUAUCCUCUCCCGCGCUCCUCUCCGCCGGGCCUCUCGUCUCCAGAAUCGCUUUCGGAAUCGCCAUUCCCACGAUCGUGAUCGCAGGCGUGAUCUUUGGGCAUGUCUGUGCCAAGUAUAUUUUUCUUCGGUUGUUUGCCGGGACGACACAUGCAGCAACGAGGACGAAGAGGGGAUUGGCAGCUUGGUUGGCGAUUACGGCGGGUGUGUGGGUCGUGGCUUGGAUUGUCGGGGAGAGUGUGCCUGGGUUUAAUGAGUUGUUGGGUUUGGUGAGUAGUUUGUUUGCGAGCUGGUUUACGUAUGGAUUGCCGGGGGUUAUGGGGUUGUGGUUACAGUGGGGGGGUGAGGAUAGGAGAGGGGGGAAAUGGUGGGGAAUGCUGCUGAUUAAUGGAUUGCUGGUGGGUGUGGGAGCGCUGCUUUGUGGGAUGGGAGUUUGGGCCAGUGGAGUGGGGAUUAAGGAGACGAGUGAGAAGGGGGGGAGCUGGAGUUGUGGAUGAGCUAGCUGAAGGGGAGGUAGAAUGGAAUGGUGAUAUAGAAAGAAAGGGAUUAGUUGGUGGUUGAAGGUUUAAUAUGCAAUGUUUGAUUUUCAAUCUGAUUCUAACUCUUUGAAUCCUUUCUCUCCGAAGUUCAUAUUCCUAGCGAUGUGGUGAAUUAAGGUGAUCAAUAUCAGUAAGUGGAGAUCUGAAGGCUGAAGCUAAUCUCUACGAGAGUAAAUUUAUAGAAUUUAGAUUUACAAGAAAUAUCAUUUUCCUUUCACACCACACACCAUACACCACACAUCCCAUAAUUCUCUACUCCUAAACUACA